AACGGUUCUGUGUUCCGAUGAAUUGAGAACUCCUCCCUCUUUUGAUUUUGAUUAAAAAGCAUAUCUUUUUGGAGUGAUUUGGUUGGUUCUAAAGAUUUGACAAUUUGUUUACAUUUUAAAUCAUAAUUUUCGCUUCCAUUCAUCAAAACAACGACAACUCGUUUGACAACUUUUAUCUUACUCUAAUUAUACUACUCCCUCACUCUGUUGUAUAGAUACAUCACAACCAUCUGUAGAGCCUUUUAGUAAAAUUAUUUGUCUAUGGUCGCCACAACACAGAAUGAGUUUCCAGAAUUAGCCGCUUCAUGGCUGUGUCGCUGCAGUCGGUAAAUGAACGUUUGAUGUGGUGUUUGUCAAGAUUGUGCUUUAGUGUGUUUACAGUGAAUUAUUCCACAAUAGUAUAAUCCUUAUUUAGGUUAAAGCUUUUAAGGAGUAGAUGAAGGUGACGGUAUGUCUCGCAACAAAGACAAGCAUGAGGGCGCAAGCGGGCGCACUUAUCAUAUCAUGUCGGAGGCGGAACGAGCGUCAGGCCGGCGCGGCGGUUGGACCUCGCUUGAGGUAACAGGAGGUGUCCGCGCCCUGGCGCCCCAGCUGUUCCAACUGUCGCACCUGACUGCGCUGUACCUGAACGAUAACUCGCUGCAGCGGAUCCCGCCCGACAUCAACAUGCUCGUCAACCUGCACACCCUCGACGUGUCCAACAACAAGCUGAGGACGCUGCCCGCGGAGCUCGGCGAUCUCAUACAGCUAAGAGAGUUACUCCUACACAACAACUACCUCAGAGUGUUGCCGUACGAACUGGGCAAGCUCUUUCACCUCCAGAAGUUAGGAUUGCACGGAAACCCGCUGAGCAAGGAGAUGCUAUCUAUAUACAACGACAGUAACGGCACCUCCAAGCUGCUGACGUAUAUGCUGGACAAUUUACAAGCCUACACGAAUGAAUCAGUAACUGCCACCUUGCCACCACAGAGGCCUUGGAUACCCUUAACGCGACCUAACAGAACUCGUCCUACAUGUAUCUUUACGGUUAUGUGCUACAACGUCCUCUGCGACAAAUACGCUACGAGACAAAUGUACGGUUACUGCCCCAGUUGGGCGUUAGAGUGGGAUUAUCGGAAGAAAGGAAUUCUGGAUGAAAUUAGACAUUAUUCCGCAGACCUAAUUAGUUUACAGGAAGUAGAAACCGACCAAUUUUACAAUUUCUUCCUACCAGAGCUUAAAAGCGACGGUUACGAUGGCAUUUUCUCACCAAAAUCGCGAGCGAAGACCAUGUCCGAGUCGGAAAGAAAAUACGUCGAUGGUUGUGCCAUCUUCUUCAGAUCUGCAAAAUUCGCGUUAGUAAAAGAGCACCUAAUCGAAUUCAACCAGCUCGCGAUGGCUAACAGCGAGGGCUCGGACAAUAUGUUGAACCGCGUCAUGCCCAAGGAUAACAUCGGUUUGGCUGCGCUGCUAAAGACCAAAGAAGCGGCUUGGGAGAACGGCUUACCAACGGACUCGUCGAUGCUCGGGCAGCCAAUUCUAGUAUGCACGGCACACAUCCACUGGGACCCCGAGUUCUGCGACGUGAAGCUGAUCCAGACGAUGAUGCUGAGCAACGAGCUACGCAGCAUCCUGGACGACUCGGCACGCACGCUGCGGCUAGCGGGCCAUCGCGACAACGUGCAGCUGCUGCUCUGUGGGGACUUCAACUCGUUGCCUGACAGCGGCGUUGUGGAGUUCCUAUCGGCCGGGCGCGUGUCGUCGGAGCACCGCGACUUCAAGGCGCUCGGCUACGCCACGUCGCUGCGCCGCAUGCCGGGCUCCGAGCACGAGUUCACGCACAACUUCAAGCUGGCCUCCGCCUACAGCGAGGACAUCAUGCCUUACACUAACUACACAUUUGACUUCAAGGGUAUAAUCGACUACAUAUUCUACUCGAAGCAGUCGAUGACACCGCUCGGGCUGCUGGGCCCGCUGUCGCAGGACUGGUUCCGCGAACACAAGGUGGUCGGCUGCCCGCAUCCGCACAUACCCUCAGAUCACUUCCCCCUGCUGGUGGAGCUGGAGAUGUGCCCGGCGAGCGGCAACUCGAACGGCCUGAUCGGGCGCCGGUAGCACGCGUCGCCGCGCGCCCGCCGCCGCCGCGCCGCCGCCAGCCCGCACCCGCCGCGCUAGCGCCGCCGCCGCCGACCACCACGCCUGCCACGUUUCAUACCAAGUUUUUAGCAGUUGCGAGAUUUUAUAUACGACCGGUCCUAAGAUAUAAAGUCUCGGACUGUGUAUUUUACUUAUAGUUAGGUGAGAGGUGGCUCGGGUGAUAGUGAACGUUGCCGGACGAUCAUGUUCAACGGACGAUCAUCAUUACGUGAUGGGUUUGGUUAUUUAUUAAUAUAUUGUAGCGCUUCUGUUGAGCGCGAGCGACCGUUUUAUAAUCCACACGAAUUUCGCUACGCAAUAAUGAAUUUGCGAAUGUGCCGUGUUUCGUUGCUCCCUGAUUUUCCUCCCCGUCGGGUGACGAUUUUAGUGUAAUAGUAGAUUUUGUAGCAGUACUCAUUUUAUCCGCUUAGAAAGAUAGACGGUGAUGUUUGUACAGGUAAAUGUGGUAGUUGGACGUUCGUGACAUGUUAUUUGACGGCUGGAAUCAGAGAGGAGCGAACUAUCUGUGCAAUGUAUUCCGCGUGUCGACGUGUGACGUAGUCAGAUUGGUAAUGAGUCGCACGAGGUGAGGCGAUCAUCGCCACGGUAUUGACAAUUGAAAUAGAUGGCACGUGCGACGUCGUAUAUUUUGCAGUAGGUAAAAUUACUACAAAACAUGGCGUCGUGGAAUCCUAUCCUUAACAAUUAAUACCUUUUAGCUGUCAAAACCCAGCCUACGAUAUAUCGCACCACUACGUGCGUCUUAUCAUUAAUUUGGCUAUGACGUGUGCCGAGCGUACACUGCAAUCGUAUGCAAUGCAUAUUAUUAUUUAGUGGAGUAUUUCUCUGUAGAAUCAUCUACAAAUCAAAUGUUAAGUAGUGCUAAUUUUGACGAUUCUAUUAAAAAUGUAUUCAAUGAAAUAAAUCAGACCUACGCUUAUUGUGUCAAUGAAUAUUUAUGAUGAAAUAAUGUAAAUGGUACAUGAAGAAUAUUUUUUCAAUAGUGAUAAUCUGUGGCGGAUAAGCCUAGGUUUUUCGAUGUUACAUAUUAUACAGUUGAGGAAUGGCUCGAGAAAUAUAUUAAUUUUUAAAUCAAGUUACAAUAAGACUAACGUGAGGUAUGUAAUUUUAUCCAUUUUGACGUUGCCGAGUGGGCGUGUGUCGUCAAACGUCCAUUUACCAUUGCUAGUUAUAAAAUACUUUUAAUUCCUCCACUGUAUAUUAUUUAGAUAAUAUUUGUAUUCUGGUCAUGCAUCGCAGUGUAUGUGUGUAUGAGUUAGUAGCGAAUAGAAAGGGAGGCGGGAAACAGCGGCUUUCGCGGGACUUCCUUUUUAUUUGUAUAAAAAUCUUUGAGACAUCUAUACCACAGUCUUAAAGGGGAUUUACUUAUCCUUUAAGAUUAAAACAGGUAGUUUUUCAGGCAGUUCAUAUAUGAAAUGACAAUCAAAUUAAUGUAAAAAAGCUUCUCUUAUAAAGUGCAAGUAUGUACAAUAUUGCUAACAGCUUAAAUGUAAGUGUCUCUAAUCAAUAAAAACUAAGUUGUUAGUAAUAGUAUACGACGCACUGUAAGCUAGUUUCGUUACCGACAAUAUUAGAACCAAAAAUUAAUGUUUCGUGAUCUGAAAUCGAUAUCAUGUUUUAGAAGCUAUUUACAACAAUUUGUUGUGUCAUAGAAAGUUUAUAUCAAAGAUCCAUUGAUUGUGUAAGAGAGGUAAAGUCUAAGACAAAUUCGUGCCUCGAAUAUGAUAGGUGAUGCAGAUGGCGCUGUAGGGCUCCAUAUAAUAUGCGGUAACUUUGGUUGUCAAAAGUUGAUGUUUGACCUUAAAAAUCUGCGCAGUACAGCGUCAUCUGUCACACUAGAGUGCACCUUUAUUUCUUAAACUUGAACUCUCUAUUACAGUCAAUAACUUUUUGGUUAUAUUCAAAUUAUACCUCUCGCCUCGAAUGGUGGUCCCUAGGACAGUUCCUUAACUCUUUUGGUUGGGCUUAAUUUAAAUAAUAAUUGAAGGAAUAUGUUUUUCCGUAUUUUUGGUACAUAAAUAUUACAUUUCUAAAUAAAUGAACGCGCUAAACUUUCAAAUGUCUACAAACAUUUUAAGUGACAGCUAUUCCAUAAAAGUCGGACUCGCCCACCGAGGGUUCCAUACUUUUUAGUAUUUGUUUAUAUAGUGGCAACAGAAUUACAUCAUCUGUGAAAAUAUCAACUGUCUAGUUAUCACGGUUCACGAGAUACAACCUGGUGACAGACGGACGAACAGCGGAGUCUUAGUAAUAGGGUCCCGUUUUACCCUAUGGGUACGGAACCCUAAUAGGAAUCAUCAUUCGACGCGAGGUAUAGAACCAAGAAUGAAUGUGUGCGACGGCAUACGGUAUAGCUGUCUCGCGGCCGGCGCGGACGUGGGUUGGCGGCUCCGAACAAAGCGGCGGCCGACCAGUAGGUUAAUGUCGCAUUGUGUGUACCAACAAACUUCUCAGCGAGACUAUGUUUUAUAUGUUUUUAGCCCAUCUACCCCCUUCCUUGGUAUUCUAUACACCUCUAUGUAAGCGGAGAAUAGAUUAAUAUGAUAAGUGCAUUUUCUAAUGUCCCUCUUUAGGCGUCGUUUGCCUCUCGACAUGCCCCUUUAGUUUUAAGUCAAUAUAUACAUAGUAGCUAUUCUGCAUGUGACCGAGAUUUUAUGCCCGUUUCACGAAAUUAAAAGCGUAGGGGCUUGAAAAAUCUCUAAAACAAAAAAACCCCUCUCAGAGACGCUUCUUAAUGUGGUUGGCAACUACCUGUCCCUAGUUCUGUUCUAUUAGAUUUUUUUUUAAAGGGCAAUACAAUUAAAAACAAGAACUUGACACUAUACGUAAGAUUGACAGGUGAAAUCUAUGCUGGUAUCAUCUUUAAAAUACUUUGACCGGCUAACCCCAUGGGUAUACUAUUAUAUAAGCUUACUGCGGACGGACGGGUAAUCUAUCUCGCCGCGAGAUACUGUCGCGCCAAUUAUGUGCUAGGCCUACUGACUGAUCAUAAUAUUGGUAUUUGUUAUUGUUUCUUAUUAAAGUCGUGUGACUUUUUGUUACUAUGUUAGGUACUGAAAAAUACGUCAAAACAAACCUUUUGGAAUAUCUGAACUUGUUUGAUAUUUGAAAUUAUGAGAUUCAUAAGCCUUGAUUUUUCAUAGUUAAGCAAUUUAAAAGGAUCAAAAACUUGCAUUAAAUAUUCGAUACAUUGCUAACUAUAAAGUACAGUGAAUUCAGUAGAUCGACCAAGUACCGUAACGUAACUUAUUAUAUCAAACUAUUUUAACUUUGGCUCCAUUGCUGUUGCUAUUCAAUACUAAUGUAUCGUGCGUGACACACUAUUCACACACUAGGAUCAUUCAAACUAAAAAAAGCCCUUCCUACAGUCAAAACAAGGUUUCCUGUGUCUUUCUUAAGACAACAUGCUAGUUACCGUAAAGAUCCUUUGUUUUAUUUAGUCCAUCACAAUGUUUAGGUUGUUGUUAAAGUCAAAACUCGUCAGUAUUUUUUUUUCUCUCAAUUUGGUCUUAAUCGAAACAUAAUAUACUUAUUGCAUUUUUAAGUUAGGUUUUAGUUUUUUCAUCGUCUAUGUUUAAAGCAGGGCGUGUCGCGAGGCAAUGCACCUUUUCGUUUUAUACACCUAGCAGGGAACAUACUGGAGUAGUACAAAUGAUUGUAUGAAUGUUUAACUUUUUGUGAAGUGAUAGUCUUUGUUCAUAUAGAAGACCUACCUCGCAGUUACACAUUCACGUGAGAUGAUGCGAAAGCCAAACAACUCACAAUAAUGUAACUGAGAGGCGUCUUCAAUGCCCUUUUUGGUUAGUGUCGAUUUACCUGUGACCUGUUAGUCUUUACGACAGUCUACAUAUGAUUGUUAAAUCUUACCAAUCAUUCAUUCUUAAAUCCUAACAUUUCUAAGUUAGUUGAACUAUCGAUAACACGCAAACUCUUUCUCCUGAUACAGCUACCUAUAUGUGAUUGCGAAGAGAUGAACGAGAAGCUAGAGAGGGUGUCAGUAUAGUCACAAUAUGUACCUCCUCGCGACCUUCCAUAAAAACGACGUCGAGGAGACGUCCCGUACAUAUUAUGGUCAUCGACGCGAUAAGCGCGGCCAUAACAAGCAGGAGCGAGCAAUAAUUAGGGCGCAAGGUCUGGCCUCGCUUACGCUCGCGGCGUAUGGACUCGUUGUGCGGCGUAAAUCGAUACUCGGAAUGGUAAUAUUAGUAUUGCCAGUAACAAAUUUUGGACCACUGCAUAGAAAUUACGCUUAUAUUUUUCACUCCAUCGAAAUUAUGUAAUAUUGUAAUACCUAAAUAUUCAUUUUUUUAUUUUAUUUUAAUUUAUAUUUUACACAUAUUAUGUAUAUCAAAAGAUAGGUGCUGUUGUAUUUAUUUUGUAAUUUAAAACACAAUUGUGAUAGGGAUAACGUCUCUCUUGUAGUCUACUGCAGAUGUAUCUGCACGCUCGAAUAGUGAUAAAAGAUUUACAAAUAAAUAUAUUCAAGGAUGUGUGAAUGUGUAUAGAUCUGUUUGACCUCCUCGAACAUGUGGAUAUAUCUACUGUACAUAACUCUCGGAUGAAUUGUAAAAAUGCCAAAUCAUGAAAAGGGUAUAUUGAAUAUUACUUUUAGGAUAAAUGGAGUGAAAUGAAGUUUUAUAUGAAUCAAAUUUUUACUAAUGACGCUGUAUAAUUUUCUAAGUACCUGCAGGUAGAUUUUGAAAUCAUAUCAAGGUGAUCUUCUAGUUCUCGUAUGAAUAAUAUACUUAUAGAAGUUUAAGACAAGUCUGGUGUUGAAAUUCUUCCGCGAAGCGAUGGGGGAGCACAAACUAGUUCAUAACAACUGAAGGGUUUCAACCACAGUACUCCAUGUUGCCUUUGCUAUCUAAACGCUAUUUUCAAAUUCAAUCGUCGUCUCCAAACUGGUUUUACGUAGUGAGUGUUUUUGCAUUUAUUAAUAUACCUGUUCAUUUCUGUCUAGAAAAGCAUAAUAAUAGUAGAUAUAGUCUGAACAAUGAUAAUUAUAAUAGAUGAGCCACAAAUAAAUCCACCAACUAUGUUGAAUUAGUUACAUUGCAGUAAAUAAUCAUGCUCGCAACUCUCGCAAGGCUUCACGACUCGGCACGUGCGAGUAUUGUAGCCUUGCUUGUACGAUUUGGUACCAUGUUCAGUUGUAAGUUAUGCUUUCGCAUUAAGUAUUUUUAUUUGAACCACUCGCAAAAUCCAGAGCAAAAUUAAGAAAAAUGGUCGAACUAUUUUUGUUUUACUUAAUAACAUAUGAUUUCACGUGAUAUUUCCCCAAAAAAGAACAUAUGUUUACACCUACUCAUCAACCGCCAGUGAUAUGGAAUCCAUCACGCAUGAGUAUCAUCACCAUUAGUCACAAGUGCAGUUAUUAAGAGAUUUUUCGUAUGGCAAUUUCCAGUAGAACUUCCCAUUUAAAUCACACAUGAAUGCGAGAGUAUCGCUUACGGAUAACGAGAGCUUUAUCAUAACAAGUGUAUCUUAUUUGUAGUUGAACAUAUAUGAUCUCUUUAUUUUAAUAGAAUUUUGAUGGACAUUUUACUUACUAGUUUUAGCCGUGUGUAGUUGAAAGUAAACUUUUAUAAAGAUAGCAAAUUACUUUGGUUACAUGCCAGACAUUUUGCCUGAUAGAUAAAUCAAAAUUGUUCAGUUUAUCACUAUUAGAUUAGCGCAGUCUAUUUUGUCAACGAGGUGACGGAGCUCCCCAGGUGGCUAACAUCGAGAUGUAUAUCCUUACUGAUGAAGUGAGUGAGCUACUUAUGUGCUGAAAUUGAAAACUGUACAUAUUUGUUGUAAAAAUAAAGUCUGCGUUAUUUUUAUUUGUAAAUAGUUUCUAAAACCGUAUUAAUAAAAGAAAACAAUCAGUCGGCUGGGAAGCUACCGAUGCGAAUUUGCGCUUGUAUAAUUUGGAAAUUUCGAAUUUACCAAAAGAAGCCUUCAUGUUGUGUGUACAUUUAAUUUGUAAAUAUGUUAUUUCAUAACGAUUAAUGCUAAACAACGAGCGAGCCGUCGCGGUUGUCAGCCGUUUGGACUUCUGCGCACACCACUACGAGCGCUAGCCGCCGUCGUCGCCCACGACUCGAGCUACGCAUUCACCCGAGUUGCAUCUAGGCAGACAUUCCAUAGGCCCUAUCGAAUUAGCUCAAGACUAAAGACUGUUUGAGACUUAAAAAUAUCAAGUUAUGAAAAAAAUAUUUUCUGAAGCACCUUAACUACUUACUUAAAUUAACUGUGUUAUGGGUGAUUUAAUGAUAAGAUCGAACAGUGUAACUCACUAGAAUCUAAGAAGAAAUGCUUUACGACACUGUGAUAGACAAUACUGCUCUACCUGAGAGACACUAUAGAGAGCAUUUAUUCAUUGUUUCGUCUGCAAAUUCGCUGACUGCACUGUUUACGAUCCUGACAUAGUACCUCUAUUCUUACUGAAAUAUAUAAUUAUAUCAAUUCUACCGAAAUGCAUCAACGAAUAUUGCAGGCGGAGCGACGUUGUGAAAAUAUAAAUUGUUCUUAUGAAAUGGCAAUGUUAGUAAUAUAUGUACUCUCAGUAUUAAACAGGUUUUGCUUGAUUUCGUAACCAAUACUAACGGACCCGAAGCUAUCCUCUAACCGAAUUUACGUGGUUAAAUUAAGUUGUACUACUACUUGUAAAUUGAAAACAUGAGAAACCGCGUGCAAAUGAAUUCGGCAAUAUUAAAAUCAAGUAGUACCUGUUCCUGUGGAUGUGUGUAAAAAUGUACAAAGCGUAUGUGCAGAAGUUCCGUCGCGGCUCGGGCCCGAGCGGGGCCGCGUCUCGCUGUGCUGUUUGUUGACACAUUAUGUAUAUUUGAAUGAAUCAAAUUAUAAGAGAAUAUGAAUUUUA